CGUUCGGACGUGUUCCCGCGUCGCGUGGUCACACCUGUGGCUCAAAAACCAAAUAGCACCAAAAACCGCGAGUUCGAUUCAGGAUUACAGUGUAUAGUGAAUGAAGUGUUAGUGAUUUUUUAUUUAUCAAUGAACGAGUUUUUCGUUUGACCGGUUUUUGGUCUGGUUUAUUUCAUCUUGGACAUCCGUUGCGACCAGUUUGGACCGUGGGAAAUUUUGCUGACGUGGCCAGCACAAUGCGAUGACUAAAGAGUUCGUGACAGUGAAUUAGUUUAGUUUGGUUUAGUAAAUUUGCCAAAGAUUAAACAAAAAAUAGUGCAACUUUGACAGUGAGUAACGUAAGUGAACGAAAAUGUGCAGGUGAUUCGCGAGUGACGUUUAAAACGCUAUGUGCUGUGAACUUUAUCAAAAUGUGUCCCAAAUUCGGCAUAGCGGUCGCCAUUUUGUGUGCACUCUCGAUGGUCAGUGGUGUGCAGCAGCAGUAUUUCCGGGUGGCGCCGCGAAGUUUACGGGUUCAGGAGGGCUCCGAAGCGGUUUUGGAGUGUGCGGUUGCCAACUUGGGUGGUCAAGUGCAGUGGGCUAAGGACGGGUUUGCUCUUGGCUACUCUUCAGUUAUACCCGGCUACGCCCGAUAUUCGAUGUUCGGCGACCGUCGCCACGGCAUAUACAACCUUCGGAUAGUCAACGUGACCCUUGAGGACGAUGCUGAGUACCAGUGCCAGGUCGGCCCAGCGCCCAAACACAAGGUUAUCCGAGCGAACGCGUCAUUGACUGUUAUAUCACCCCCCAACGCAGUCGAAAUCAUCAAUCACCCCCACAACUCUAAGCUGGAAAUGAAGGAGGGUGAAGACGUGGUGUUGGAAUGCCAAGUGAAGAACGCCAAGCCAGCUGCCAAGAUCGUGUGGUACAGGGGGAACCAGGAGAUGAAGGGGGAUAAAGUAUCGAGCGAAGAGAUUAAGGAGGUUGAAGGUCCGACGGGAAAUCCGAAGUCAACUAGAUACACUUCUAUAUCCAGGGUGCACUUCAAAGCAAUGGCAGACGAUGAUUAUGCCGACUUCACUUGCGAGGCGAGACACGAGGCGUUACAACGGGACACUCCGAUGAGGAGCACAGUUCAACUCAGCGUCCUAUAUCCCCCUGGCGCUCCCUACAUCGAAGGUUACGCGGAAGGUGAAACCGUACGUCGGGGGCAGAGCCUAGAGCUGGUCUGCAGAAGCCGAGGGGGUAACCCCCCAGCACAGCUCAUAUGGUACAAGAAUGGGGAACAGAUCCGGAUGGCUUACAGAACCAGUGGCCGGAUGUCAGAGAACGUGCUGUCAUUCAAAGCGGACGCGUCGGACAACAAGGCGAGGUACACGUGCGAGGCGAAAAAUAUCAUGAUCAGCAACACUCUGAAGGCUGAGAUAGACCUCACUGUACUCUUUGCCCCAUCUCACGUCACAAUCUCCGGACCCUCGGAGGCUCGUGUGGGAGAUCCAGUGCCUCUUAGCUGCAGCACAGCACCUUCGAACCCAGCUGCAGAUAUCAAGUGGCUGGUACUAGGAAAACAUCAUCGAGACGCCAGCAACAGAACCGUUAUAUCACCUGAAGGUGGGUGGAUAACGACGUCCAACAUCACAGUGGUGGUGGAACCCAACCGUCGCUCCAUCGUUGUUGUCUGCCACGGCAUCAACGCCCAGCUCACUGAGAACGUGGUUGCCACUCACACAAUCAACGUGCUUUAUCCUCCAUCAGCCCCCAUGAUCACCGGCUAUAUCCCAGGCACGACGCUGUCAUCUGGAACCGUGCAGAAGUUGUCUUGUAUAUCAUCUGGUGGGAACCCAUUGGCUACGUUGACGUGGUUCAAGAAUGAUAAAAAGAUACAUUCAAUAACGAAAACAACAGACAAGUCGGUGUCAGCGGAGAUAUCCAUCCUGACCAACGUCACUGACAACCAAGCACAGUACAGAUGUGAGGCGACCAACAGUGCCACCGAGAUUCCGCUCUUUGAAACUGUUACGCUGAAUGUACACUUCGCACCGGAAGCAGUGAAAGUCAGAGCGCAGCCUGAAGAACUGAAGCCGGGAAUCGAAGCUACGCUGUUCUGCGACGCAGCCUCCAGCAACCCACCAGCCACUCUUUCGUGGUGGCGAGAUGGGAUUCCAGUUCAAGGUUUACCAAUGCAACUGAAGAAAGGUCUACAUGGCGGUACAGUGUCCACAAUAGAGCUGAAGUUGAAUAUCAGCAAGGAUUUAAACGGCGCGGUGUACACAUGCCAGGCGAUGAACGAAGCUCUACAGCGGAGUGUGCACGACGCCUUAACACUCAAAGUUCUAUAUGCACCCAUCUUCGAUGAAACGACACAGUACAGCACGGUAGGGGUCGAAAACGAACCCCUGGUCAUCAUGCUGCGAGCUGAUGGUAAUCCUGGAAGCAUAAUAUAUACCUGGACUAAGGACGGCCUGCCCAUCACGCAGUCUUCAUACAGCAGUUCAAGUGACAGAAUCAUAUCAGAAGGCAGCAUGCUAAAUAUGACGCGACUGUCGCGACAUGACGCCGGUAUUUACACUUGCGAAGCUGUCAACUCUCAGGGAGCUGCCACUGUCAAUAUUACUGUUAAUGUCCAUUACCCGGCGGGAAUAAAGGCGGUGUCACAAAGUGCUGUAUCCAAUCCGAAUGAGAACGCGCUCCUAACAUGCACAGCGACCGGUAAUCCUUUAACGGCGGAGCACAUAAAGUGGGAGCGUAAAGGUUACGACUUAUCCUCGGCAACUAUUACCUUCGAGCCCAGGAAUCGAACAAGCUACCUUCUAGUCGAGCGUGCGACCCGCGAGGACGUUGGCAAAUUCCAGUGCGUAGUUAACAACGGCAUUGCUGGUGAAACGAAACAGGAAGUGACGCUAGUGGUCAAGUUUAAACCGGAAAUGGAUAGUUCACCUAACUUGGUUAAGUCUGCUUCGAACGCCGGUCAAGUUGGGAGGUUAACUUGUCGAUGCAAAGCCGCUCCAGCGCCAAACUUCACCUGGUCGAAGAACGGUGCGAAACUGCCAGUGAACACUUCAACGAAAUACUUCGCCGAGUACCACAAAACGGAUGCCAUCACUUACACCUCAGUUCUGCUGAUCAACGACGUGGGCGCAGCGGACUAUGGGUCUUACGAGUGCGGUGCGAGGAACGACCUUGGCUUCAGCACAACGUCUGUUAAGCUUGACGUCACUAGUGCACCUGAUCCAGUGACGUCAAUCACCGUGACCAAUGUGACGCACAAUUCAGUUUCACUGCAAUGGACGCCCGGCUUUGAUGGGGGCCUGUUCUCAUGGUACAGGAUUCGAUAUCGUAAAAUCGUUGAUGAGUCGUACCGAUACGAGGAUGUCACGCCGAGGAACGCGACUACCUUCACCAUCCAUGGGCUGGAACGUAACACAGACUAUGUGUUCUCAGUUAUGGCCAUAAACAAAAUAGGACAGAGUAAAUAUAGACCAGACGAUACGAAAGCUACUACACUUACUUCAUCAGAAGUAGGCGAGCUAAAUGUAGUUUCCACUGAAUAUGUAGAAACAGCUGACGUGUCUAAGUCCGUAGUUGUGUAUGUUUCGAUCGCCGGCGCCAUUUUGGUUUUGAUUAACGCCGCUUUAGUCGCUUGUUUUGUUUUUAAAAGACGCUCCAGACGUUUGAAAGAACAAGCCGGUCAGUCUUCUAAAUCGGCAACAAUUGAAAUGUAUGCUCCAUCUUCCUACAAUGACACAAUGACAGGAGAAACGUUGAGCUCCGUGUCGGAGAAGUCGGAGACUUACUCCCAAGAUGGCGACGAUAGGCAACCCCCUCCGAUCCCUGAAGUACCGAGUAUGCCGAACAGGCAUAUGAUGAACCAAACGGACGCCUACCUCAUGGAUGAUCAAGGACUAGUCAUUCCCCCACCACUGGAUUACCCGCCACCUAACUACGCGGUCUACGAAGGCGAUCACGCGCGGACUCUACCGCACCCGCAUCGGCAUAAGGACAUCAGUGGCCAUAGCACUCUGGGUCGCAGUGCUGGUAAACAAAACUAUAUACCGGCACCGAGCCCCAUGCCACCUUUGGACGGCUCGUACUACAACAUGUCGUCGGACCGCUACCUGUCUUACCCUCCGCUCAUCGGCGAAUACUUGCAGCAGCAGCAGCAAGGCCGCACCCCCACUCCGCCGCAGCAGUACGGCUCGCAGAUGCCCAAGCCCCACUUGAUGAACGGCGUACCACCUUCACCCUCGCAUAUGACCAGCCCGCCGCUCAACUGUGGUCUGGAUGGUCUGGACAGGCAAUCAGCGGGGGGUACGUUGAGGCGGCAGCGGUACGACAAAAUGGCCGUCCCACCGCCUGACGUCACCGUACUACACCAGGGGAACUGCAAUCAGCACCUACCAAUGAACCAAACGCCAUCGGUGAAGCAACCGCAGUCUAUCCUCAAAGACCCAUCUAGACAUAAAUACGGCAACCAAUACGGUAGUCCGAUAUCGUCAAGCACUCCACAGAAUAGCAACUCGAGUCAAAUACUGACAGUACAAAACCUCACCUCCGAUGUACCACAGUACGGUACGAUCAAAAAAGAAAACAAGAAACAAAACGUUACUAUAGAUGAGUCAUACAUUAAAAGGAGCGAAACUCAUGUAGUUUAAACGAUUAAUUAACAAUUAAGUGAAAAGUGACUUGUUAACGGAAAAGUGUAAAGUGACCGAUUUAAUUGAACAAGUUAACGGUUUAUUGAAAAGUGAUUAAGGAUUCAAUAUAAAAGUGAAUGUGAAUUUAUGAACGUAUGAUUCUCAAUUAGAAUCUAUUGUAAAUAAAGGGAGAUAGACUAGUGAAAGGAAUUAGAUAGUUUUUAAAUUUUCAUUGAAUGUGAUAACAAUGAUUGAACUUUUGAAGAGAAGUGUUAUGUGUCCACACAAGAUUAGAUAGAAUUGUUAAUCUAAGACUUUAAUAACUGCCCCAAAGCUUAGAGUGUUUUUUAGAGAAAAUCAUAUCAAUAGAUUUUAGCGUUAACUCAGUUUUACGAAAUGGAAUAUGCGUAGAGGUUUUCCUCUUUAAAACUGGCAAAUGCUAAAUCAAUUGCGUAAGAUUUCUCCUAAAACACACAGUAAAGGCAACAUAUUCGUUGAAGGAGACUGUCCAGAAAUAAUGCAGCGUUGGUAAGGUUGAUGUACGCAAUACACGAAAAAGUAUAUUUGUUAAAUUCAACUUUUCAUUUUGUUGAUUAUUAUUUUUCUCAUCAAU